AAAAAACAAGACACGAGAGCCAGUGGGAUUCAGUAUAAACCAACAUCCACCAGCUGGAUUGCAGACCCUAAAAGGACUAUUUUUUAAAUUUUUAUCUCUGUUUCUCUCUCUACAGAUACAUACAUUAUACAUACAACUCAAAGCACCAGUCACCACCAUUAUUUCUCACACGCUAUAGAAUCCAAUCCAGUGGCUUCACUUUGCUUCUUUCUGAAAGAACCUCGUAUUACUGUACAAACUUAGCUUGUAGAGAAAACAAUAUUUUUUCAACAAGCCCAUUUACCUGUGGGUUUUUCUUACUAAUCACUUCUUCCCUACCUUUUACUUUUUUUAAUUGGGAGUAUCUUUUUAAUAAGUGCUUUUUCCCAAUGUGGGGAUUUGGGGUCACUUUCAGUGUUUCGAGUCUCAAUUUGUAACGCAAAACUGGGUAUUUUUCAGCCAUUUUGUAUUUUCAAGUUUAAUAUUGAGGUGAGUUUGUGUAUUUUGAACAGUUCUGUAUUUUUUUCCCCACAAAAAACUGGAUUUCCAGUUGUUUAUCUGAGUUAAGCGUAGGAAUCUUGAGGUUGUUUUUCUCUUCUUUACCAAAAGCGGGUUUUUUAUGCCAUUCCAGUUAUUUUUAUGCAUUGCAAAGUUGAAUCUGAGGUGGGUUUUUGUGAUUUGAAGAUUUGGUUUUUGCUCAAAAAAGUGUAGUUUUGAUUAUUUUGUGAAUGCUAAUGGACACCGGAGGGAGGCUUAUUGCUGGCUCUCACAAUAGAAAUGAGUUCGUUCUCAUUAACGCUGAUGAAAUUGGAAGGAUUAAGUCUGUUAAAGAACUAAGUGGACAAAUAUGCCAAAUUUGUGGGGAUGAAGUGGAGAUGACUAGAGACGGGGAGCCCUUUGUUGCAUGCAACGAAUGUGCUUUCCCAGUUUGCAGGACUUGCUAUGAGUAUGAGAGAAGAGAGGGAAAUCAGGCUUGUCCUCAGUGCAAAACCCGAUACAAGCGCAUCAAAGGUAGUCCUAGAGUUGAGGGUGAUGACGAAGAGGAUGACAUCGAUGAUUUGGAACACGAGUUUGAUUAUGGGGUUACUGAGGCAUUGGGCCAUAUACAAAGUGCAGGGGUGAUUCCCGGUGUGAGUGGUGGUUAUGUUGGUUCAUCUGGAGGCUCAAGACAUGAUUUGUAUUCCCAGGGUCUUGAAAUCUCUCUGUUGACGUAUGGUGAAGAGGAAGAUCAGAUUUCUUCUGAUCAACAUGCUAUCAUAUUACCGCCAUUUGCCAGUCAUGGUGAUGUGAUUCAUCCAUCACCUUCUGGCACAUCAGCACCUAUACAAUCGAGGCCUAUGGUCCCUGAGAAAGAUAUUGCACUAUAUGGUUAUGGAAGUGUUGCAUGGAAGGAUCGAAUGGAGGAAUGGAAGAAGAGGCAAAGUGGAAAACUUCAGGUGAUCAAGCAUCAAGGAGAUAUUGAUGGUGGAGACUUGGAUGGGAAUGAAUUGGAUGCCGACUUGCCUAUGAUGGAUGAAGGAAGACAGCCACUAUCAAGGAAAUUGCCCAUUGCUUCGAGCAAGAUAAGCCCAUACAGAUUGAUAAUUAUCCUCCGCCUUGUGGUUCUUGGCUUCUUUUUCCACUAUAGGGUUCUCCAUCCAGUUCAUGAUGCAUUUGGCUUGUGGCUGACAUCAGUUAUUUGUGAAAUAUGGUUUGCUGUUUCGUGGAUUUUUGAUCAGUUUCCAAAAUGGUAUCCAAUUGAGCGAGAAACAUACCUUGAUCGGCUGUCACUUAGGUACGAGAGAGAAGGAAGGCCCUCGGAGUUAGCUGACAUAGACGUCUUUGUCAGCACAGUUGAUCCCAUGAAAGAACCUCCGUUGAUUACUGCAAACACGGUUCUUUCCAUUCUUGCUGUAGAUUAUCCGGUUGACAAAGUUGCAUGUUAUGUGUCAGAUGAUGGUGCAGCCAUGCUUACAUUUGAAGCACUUUCAGACACAUCUGAAUUUGCUCGGAAAUGGGUUCCCUUCUGCAAGAAGUUUAAUAUUGAACCAAGGGCACCGGAAUGGUAUUUUUCUGAGAAGAUGGACUAUCUGAAAAACAAAGUCCAUCCUGCCUUUGUGAGGGAAAGGCGUGCAAUGAAGAGAGAAUAUGAAGAGUUCAAAGUUAGGAUCAAUCGUUUGGUGGCAACUGCACAAAAGGUUCCUGAGGAAGGUUGGACAAUGCAGGACGGAACACCUUGGCCAGGAAACAAUGUUCGUGAUCAUCCUGGAAUGAUCCAGGUAUUCCUUGGUCAUGAUGGUGUUCGUGAUGUUGAAGGUAAUGAAUUGCCUCGUCUGGUUUAUGUUUCCCGUGAAAAAAGACCUGGUUUUGAGCACCACAAAAAGGCCGGAGCCAUGAAUGCGCUGGUGCGGGUUUCAGCCGUUCUAUCAAAUGCUCCUUUCCUUCUGAACGUCGACUGUGAUCACUACAUAAACAACAGCAAGGCGCUGAGAGAAGCUAUGUGUUUUAUGAUGGAUCCCACUUCAGGAAAGAAAGUAUGCUAUGUGCAGUUUCCUCAAAGAUUUGAUGGGAUUGAUCGCCACGAUAGAUACUCGAAUCGAAAUGUUGUGUUCUUUGAUAUCAAUAUGAAGGGUUUGGAUGGUUUACAAGGACCAAUAUAUGUUGGAACGGGUUGCAUCUUCAGACGGCAGGCUCUGUAUGGAUAUGAUGCUCCUGUCAAGAAGAAGCCUCCUAGCAAGACCUGUAACUGCUGGCCAAAGUGGUGCUGCUCAUUUUGUGGGUCUAGAAAGAACAAGAAAGGAAAAACAAAGAAAGAUAAGAAGAAAAUGGAAAAGCACAGAGAAGCAUCAAAGCAGAUAUAUGCACUCGAAACUAUUGAAGAAGGAAUUGAAGAGACGAAUUCUGAAAACCCAUCUCGUGUCUCCCAAGAAAAACUCGAGAAAAAGUUUGGUCAAUCACCAGUAUUUGUUGCAUCGACUCUACUGGAAGACGGUGGUGUUCCUAAGGCUGCUAGUUCCACUACAUUUUUGGAAGAGGCCGUUCAUGUCAUCAGUUGUGGUUAUGAAGAUAAGACUGAAUGGGGAAAGGAGGUCGGCUGGAUAUAUGGCUCUGUUACAGAAGAUAUCUUGACAGGAUUCAAGAUGCAUUGCCAUGGCUGGCGGUCCGUGUACUGCAUCCCUAAAAGGCCGGCAUUCAAGGGUUCGGCUCCCAUCAACCUCUCGGAUCGUCUUCACCAGGUUCUUAGGUGGGCUCUUGGAUCAGUCGAGAUAUUUUUUAGCAAACACUGUCCUAUCUGGUAUGGAUAUGGAGGUGGAUUGAAGUCAUUGGAAAGGUUUUCCUAUAUAAAUUCAGUCGUAUAUCCCUGGACUUCUAUUCCUUUGAUUGUAUACUGUACAUUGCCAGCCAUCUGCCUUCUUACAGGGAAAUUUAUUGUCCCGGAGAUAAGUAAUUAUGCCAGCAUUAUAUUCAUUGCCCUAUUCAUCUCUAUUGCUGCAACUGGCAUCCUUGAGAUGCAGUGGGGUGGUGUUGGAAUUGACGACUGGUGGAGAAACGAGCAGUUUUGGGUUAUUGGAGGAGUUUCCUCGCACUUUUUUGCUCUCUUUCAAGGAUUACUUAAGGUUUUGGCUGGUGUAAACACAAAUUUCACUGUCACCUCAAAAGGAGGAGACGAUGGAGAAUUUUCCGAGCUCUACAUCUUCAAAUGGACAUCAUUGUUAAUUCCACCUACAACAUUGUUGAUCAUAAAUGUAGUCGGGGUGGUGGUUGGAGUCGCAGAUGCCAUCAACAAUGGUUAUGAUUCUUGGGGUCCAUUGUUCGGUAAGCUUCUCUUUGCCGUGUGGGUUAUUCUUCACCUCUAUCCGUUCCUAAAGGGAUUGUUUGGUAAGCAAGAGAAAAUUCCCACAGUAAUUAUAAUCUGGUCGAUUCUGCUGGCUUCAAUAUUGACUUUGUUGUGGGUACGAAUCAACCCAUUCGUUUCACGAGAUGGACCCGUACUGGAAAUCUGUGGACUUAACUGCGAUGACUGAGAUACAGUCAGGCAGCUUACACUUACGUGGGCUAACUGCGAUUUCUAGGGACAUAUAAGAGGUUAGAUGAAUAGUAUACUCGAGAAAUGUGUAGAUAUAAAUAGGUGAGAACUGACUCAUAUUUUUUGAAAUGGUUUGAUCAUUCUUUCGUUAAAUACGUUGUUUUGAUAUUUUGGCGUCUGUCGAAAACUACCCUACUGUUCAGUAUUCUUCUUCUUGUGGAUUUGAAUUUACCAGUUUCACCUAUUACUUC